AUGAGAGGCUCCAAGGACGCCAAGAGAAUGAACUGUCAGUGGCCACACAAGCCGCGCGCUUGCCCAUGGAGGGCAUGUGUGGUUUUGAUGCUGAACCUGCACACCUGUGUCCGGGGCGUGGAUGUGAUUCACUUCGCUUGGCAAGCCUUCGCUUCGCAAACGACCAAUGGCACGGUGUCUUCGAGCGGUCGAGCAUUGGGUGAGGAUGACUAUUCCUCUUCUGCCGUGGAUACGGUCUACUCUACUGCCUAUGCCUUCGCCGCACAGAAGAAGGACGGAACCGUCGUGACCUGGGGCGCCCCUCAUAGUGGCGGCGAUUCCUCUUCAUUGCAGGAGCGCCUGUCGUCUGUAGAGGCUAUAUAUUCCACCAAUUACGCCUUUGCGGCAAAGAAGACAGGCGGCACCAUCGUCACUUGGGGCAGCAGAAAGGAAGGUGGAGAUUCCUCGGCCGUCGCUGAGCACUUGACCUCUGUGGACAUGGUUUAUUCUACCCAUCAUGCCUUUGCAGCCAAGAAGACGGAUGGCACUGUGCUGACGUGGGGCCACAGUGAAUAUGGUGGCGACUCCUCGUCUGUUGCUGAGCAGUUGUUUUCUGUUGAUAUUGUGUAUUCAGCACACUACGCAUUCGCAGCAAAAAAGCUGAACGGAGACGUCGUGACCUGGGGUUAUCAGAUGGGUGGUGGGGACUCCUCGGCCGCUUUUGCUGCAGUCAAGACAGAUGGCUCCGUGGUUACCUGGGGCUCUGAAGUCGGUGGGGGCGAUUCAUCUUUGGUAGCAGAGCAGCUCACAUCCGUGGUUGAGAUUUAUUCCACCCUGCCUGCCUUUGCCGCAAGAAAGACGGAUGGCACAGUGGUGACGUGGGGUGACGGCGAUGCUGGGGGAAACUCGUCUUCAGUGGCUCAUCAGCUGACGUCGGUGAAGGCGGUCUACUCCAGCUGGUAUGCUUUUGCAGCACUGAAGAACGACGGCACCGUUGUAACCUGGGGCGCGGAGGAUUAUGGAGGUGAUUCUUCCUCCGUUGCUUCAAGCUUGUCGUCCGUGGAAGCAAUCACUUCCACGUGCUGUGCGUUUGCAGCCAAGAAGGCCGACGGCACUGUGGUGACGUGGGGCGGGAUCAGUGAUUUGGCUUAUUCUGGUGGUGAUUCCUCAUCUGUUGCUGAGAGGUUGACAUUUGUGGAUGUGAUUUAUUCCGCCACCUACGCCUUUGCAGCAAGGAAGAAGGAUGGCACGGUGGUGACUUGGGGUUCCCCUGCAUGGGGUGGUGAUUCCUCUUCAGUAGCUGAGCUGCUGUCAUCUGUGGAUACGAUCUCUUCCACGAAGUAUGCUUUCGCAGCCAAGAAGGCAGAUGGUUCCGUGAUAACUUGGGGGGACAGCGCUCGCGGUGGAGAUUCCGAUUCGGUUGCAGCCAGCUUGUUGCCAGUUCGUACGGCCGAUUCCACAAGUAGCUCUUCCACUGCAGAGAUAGGUAGCACAGGCACGACGUGGGACGACAGCCGAAACAGUGGACAUCCCGCUUCUCAGGUGGAACCGGAGGUACCAGACAGACACAAUGGGACGGAGGUAUGGCAUUCUGCCAAGCCUUCGGGCGACGCAACAUUCGGUGGCUUCAUCAUUCUGUUCCUGUUAAUUGCGGCUCUGCUAUGUACACUCUUUCGCCUGUUUGUUUAUCGCAGAUGGAGCCGGUACCGAAUGGCCAGAGAAGGGCCGGCCAGAGAUGUGAUGAUUCAACUGAUGAGCACAGCGGGUGAGUGA